AGCAGAGCUCGUGGAAGAGCAAAGAUGCCAACCCCGAACAUCUCCACCUCUGCAGCCAAAGGCUUCCGCAGGGCGGUGUCGGAGCUGGACUCCAAGCAAGCCGAGGCCAUCAUGUCUCCACGGUUCAUUGGAAGACGUCAAAGCCUCAUUGAAGAUGCCAGGAAGGAAAGAGAGGCUGCGGCUGCAGCCACUGAUGCUGCAGAGGCCACAGAGACCAUUGUAUUUGAGGAGAAGGAUGGGAGAGCCAUGCUGAACCUCUUCUUCAUGCUCAAGGGAGCCAAGACUUCACCACUGUCCCGUGUCCUUAAGGUAUUUGAGACAUUUGAAGCUAAAAUUCACCACCUGGAGACCAGGCUUAGCCGAAAGCCCCGUGAAGGGAUUGCUGAGCUGGAAUACUUCGUGUGCUGUGAAGUCCACAGCUCUGACCUCAAUACUUUCAUCAGCUCCAUCAAGAGGGUAGCAGAAGAUGUGAGGACCACUAAGGAAGACAAAUUUCACUGGUUUCCCAGAAAAAUCUGCGAAUUGGACAAGUGCCACCAUUUGGUCACCAAGUUUGACCCUGACUUGGAUCUGGAUCACCCGGGCUACUCUGACCAAGUAUAUCGCCAGAGAAGGAAAUCAAUAGCAGAGAUUGCUUUUCACUAUAAGCAUGGGGACCCAAUCCCUCACGUGGAGUACACGGCGGAGGAGACAGCUACCUGGAAGGAGGUGUACAGCACCCUGAAGAGCUUGUACCCCACCCAUGCCUGCAAGGAGUACCUUGACGCUUUCAGUCUACUGGAGAAAUUCUGUGGCUACAAUGAGAACAACAUCCCUCAGCUGGAGGAGGUUUCCCGCUUCCUGAAAGAGAGGACUGGCUUCCAGCUCCGGCCGGUGGCUGGCCUGCUGUCAGCACGGGACUUCCUGGCCAGCCUGGCCUUCCGCGUCUUCCAGUGCACGCAGUACAUCCGCCACGCGUCCUCACCCAUGCACUCCCCCGAGCCGGAUUGCUGUCACGAGCUGCUGGGGCAUGUCCCGAUGCUGGCUGACAAGACAUUUGCCCAGUUCUCUCAGGACAUUGGGCUGGCGUCUCUGGGAGCGACUGAUGAAGAAAUUGAGAAACUAGCAACACUUUACUGGUUUACAGUGGAGUUUGGGCUCUGCAGACAGAAUGGAAUCAUCAAAGCCUACGGAGCCGGGCUCCUCUCUUCCUAUGGGGAGCUCAUACACUCCUUGUCAGACGAACCAGAGGUGCGGGACUUCGACCCUGAUGCUGCAGCUGUUCAGCCCUACCAGGACCAGAACUACCAGCCUGUUUAUUUUGUGUCUGAGAGCUUCAGUGAUGCCAAAAAUAAAUUGAGGAGCUACGCGGCGCACAUCAAGCGGCCCUUCUCGGUGAAAUACGAGCCCUACACCCACAGCAUCGAGCUCCUGGACAGCCCCCAGACCAUCUGCCACUCCCUGGAGAGCGUAAGGGAUGAGCUUCACUCGCUGAUUAACGCGCUCAAUGUUAUCAGUUAAUACAAGAACUGAGCCAUUUCCGUCCCCUCCCUGCCCCCAAAGCGCCCGCCCUGCCCUCACCUGCUGAUAAUUCCUACCUGUCUGUCU